AUGUCCGACUGGACCAAACUCAAGGUCACCGAGCUCAAGGCGGAGCUAAAGCGUCGUGGACUCGCCCAGGCUGGCCUCAAGGCUGAGCUGGUCGCGCGCCUUGAUGCCGACGACGACGAGGCUGCAACUCCCCAGCAGCAGGCCAAGAGCGACCCCCAGUCUACCGGCCAGGACGAUGAGACGCACGAGGCGUCGUCAGACAAAACCGUAGAGCCGGACCCUGUCGAACCACUCCAAGGCACGGAACCCGUCGAGCUAAACAGCACCAAGGCCCGCAAGCCGGCCAGCGACGCGCAGGACAAGCCCGUUGAGCCAGAGUCCAAGCUCUCUCCGGCCAGUAAUGAAGAUGAUGCCGUUGCAACGGCCAAUGAAGAAACCGAGACUGCUCCCGAGUCGCCUUCUCACGCUGAUGGCACUCCUGGACAUGCGCAUAGUGCGCAGGACGACCGAGGCCAGAGUCACGAGGCGCAUGGUCCAUCGACCUCCAAUUCUGCCACUACCGAGCCUGUUGUCCCUGAUGCUGCUCCCAACGGUUCUUUUGUGGCGGAUAGCGUCAAAAAUGGAGAUGCCACAGAAGCCAUGGCAUCCGAAAUCGCCGUCGAUGCUUUGAAGCGCAAGCGUCGCUCUGAAAGCCUAACCCCGAAGGAAGAAUCGGUCAAACGCAGACGAGCUCAAGAAAUUGCUCAAGAUGGCGCCAAGGAACCUGCAGCUCAAGCCGGCCGAGUUCAGGAUGACCAGGGCCAAGAUGUUUCCAUGCCCGACAGGGCCGCUUUAGAAACCCGCGCUCCGGAGACUGCGCCUAUCGCCGCCACCAAAGAAGCUCAUGUCGAUGCCGAGCCGUCGGCCGCUGAAGUCGAGCCUGCCUUCCAUACGAGCACCUCGGCCAUCUACAUCAACAACUUGAUGCGACCCCUAAGGGAAAUCGAUCUUCAGACCUUCCUUGUCGAACUUGCGGCUCCAUCUGAUAGCGCAAGUAUUGACGACGUAAUCGCGAGAUUCUACUUGGACACGAUUCGUACGCAUGCGUUUGUCGUCUUUGACUCAACUUCGACAGCUGUUCGUGUCCGAAAUAACUUGCACGGGCAGGUGUGGCCCAAAGAGAGCAACAGGAAAGCACUCUUUGUCGACUUUAUCCCGGUAGACAAGGUCAGGCCCUGGAUCGAAUUGGAGGAAGAGCACGCCCGCGAGAAGAGGACGGGACUCCGAUGGGAGGUUGUGUACCAGCCAAGCGGCGACGGCAACGACGUUGAGGCGCUGCUGCAAUCCAACUCUAUCACAUCUUCAUCUUCUGCUGCGCAACUCAUGGGGCGGGCUACGACAACGGCUACAGGCAUUGAGGGGGCUCCGACCGAUAGUCGAUCCGGCCAGCCAUUUCCCCGAGAGCAGCCACACCUGAGUGGCGUUGAUGGCGCCGGUGAGCGGACAAUGACGCAGCCCGUCAUUUACUUCGAGGCGGUGUCCGUAACGCUGGCGCGCCGACGACUCCAGGACAUGCGGGGCUUUUACACCCGAGACACGAUGCGACAAGUGGACCGUGAAAUCAACCGAUAUUCUUUCCAGGACGACGACAGAUUUGUGGACCGCGGAAGAGAGGUCUUUGAAGGCAUCAGGCCGCCUCACCGCCAGCAAGCUAUGGACCGCGAGAUGCGCGGUGGCGGCGGGCGAGGUGGCGGGCGAGGCGGAAGACUUCCGCGCCGAGGAGGACCGGCGCCGUACCGCCCCCGCGGAGACCGUUAUAUACCCGGAUCCGGGGGGCCUGUCGACGAUCAUGUCUCGCGACACGGCGACGAUGAUGAGCGCCGCUGGUGA